CCCGCGUUGUUGCAUGAUGGAUUUCAAAGAAUUAUAGUGGCCGUGGAGAGGGGGAAUCUACCCAUAAACUCGUUGUCAGGACUCAACCUACUUGAACACCAACAUAAAUACUCUGCAUUCUAUUGUUCCGUUCUACAUAUUCAAACUUACUAGUCUCAAAAUACUUUCAGCAAGAUGACUUUCGAGAUCGACUACUUCAAAGGUUCUCCCACUGGCGAAAUCUUCCCCGCCAAAACUCAAAGACCAGCUCUCAAAAGCGACGAGAUCUUUAUCGAAAUCACUCAUUCAGGCGUCUGUGGUACAGAUGAGCACUACAAGUAUGUUGACCAGGGACUUGGUCAUGAAGGUAUAGGCAUUGUGAGGGCCAUCGGACCUGAAGUCAAGAGUUUCAAAGUCGGGGAUCGCGCAGGCUGGGGAUACAUGACUGAAGUUUGCAAUAUCUGCGAGCAUUGUAUUGCCGGAGAUUGGCUUUAUUGCACCGGUGAUCGAAAAAUGUACGGAUUUGGGAAUACAGACCAGGGUUCUUUCGGGAGUGGAGCUGUCUGGAAGGAACCAUACCUCUUCCACAUCCCUGACGGUAUAGCAUCUGAGAACGCUGCUCCUUUGAUGUGCGCCGGUGUCACGGUCUUCGCCCCUCUUACCCAAUUCGGAUUGAAAGCCACAGAUGUCGUCGGAGUUGUUGGAAUUGGAGGAUUGGGACAUCUUGCAUUGCAAUUUGCAAGGGCUUUGGGGUGUGAAGUUGUCGCAUUGAGUGGUUCCGAGGAAAAGAAAGAGGAGGCAUUGAAGCUUGGAGCGCAUCACUUUGUUGCUACUAAAGGCGUGGAGAAACUUGAGGUUCCGAGGAAGAUCAAUCACCUUCUCAUAACGACAAGCAAAAUGCCAGACUGGAGUCAAUACGCUUCUAUCCUUGCUCCCAUGGCUUCGAUCUAUCUAUUGACAAUCACGGAUUUCGAGACGAAACUGGAUGUGCCCUUCAUGCAGUUCUUGUUAUCAGGAUGGAAGAUCAUCGGAUCGUCGGUCCCGCCAAAGGUGGUUUAUGUUCAAAUGUUGGAGUUCGCUGCUCUUCAUGGUGUGAAGCCUGUUAUUGAGAAGUUUCCUUUGAAUUAUGAAGGCGUGAAGGAAAGCAUGAAGAAGCUGGAUGAGGGGAAGAUGAGGUAUAGAGGUGUACUCUGCGCUGACCUGCAUUGAGAGAGCGGCUGAGAGCGAUGAGAGAAGCGGACCACUCAUUCUUGUCAACUUUUGGUCUUCUUUAUAUGGCACCAAAAUUGAUCCCAUCAAUCAAUUCACGUUGUUCGCCACCAUACCGGAUGUCUUCACCCCGCGCCCCCCUAUUUGACUCGCUAAAUAUUUAGCGGGGUCAAAAUUGCCCC